AUGUCGAACGAAGUCAAGAUGCUCUACCUUCCUGAGACUAUGGCCGACUGGCCUUGGCCUCGUGCAAUUAACCCGCACUACGAGGAAGUAAAGGCAGAGUCAAACGCUUGGUUCCACAGCUUCAAGGCGUUCUCCACUCGGUCCCAAUAUGCGUUCGACAAGUGCGACUUCGAGCAUCUCCGAACUGGCUGCGACUUAAUGAAUGUGUUCUUCCUCGUUGACGAGUACACCGACGUCGAGCCGGCUCACGUCGUUCGUGAAAUGGUAGACGUCGUUAUCGACGCCAUGAAAUACCCCCAUAAGCCUCGCCCAGAAGGUGAAAUCAUCCUAGGCGAAGUUGCUCGACAAUUCUGGGCAUUGGCGAUCAAAACUUCGAGUCCGACCUCCCAGAAGCACAUGAUGGAAGCCUUCACCGACUAUCUCGAGUCUGUUGUUAAUCAAGCAGCCGAUCGUGACAACAACUCGGUUCGAACCAUUGCUACUUAUCUCGAAAACCGUCGAGAAAAUAUCGGUGCACGACCUUCGUACGUUCCUAUGGAACUCGACCUCAACUUGACCGACGAGGUCUUUUACCACCCUGUUAUGACGGAGCUGGCCGUCCACAUCGCCGACUUGAUUAUCUUGGACAAUGACAUUGCCUCUUACAACAAGGAGCAGGCUACCGGCGACGACCGGCACAAUAUCCUCACCGUGGCAAUGCACGAGUUUAACACCGACUUGGAGGGUGCCAUGAAAUGGGUCGUCGAAUAUCACAAGGAGGUUGAGAGGAAGUUCUUGGAUGGACUGAAACGGGUUCCCUCAUGGGGACCUGAAAUGGACCGUCAGGUCCAGCAGUACCUCUACGGACUUGCCAACUGGCCUCGUUGCAACGACUGCUGGAACUUCGAAAGCGGCCGAUACUUCGGUAGCAAAGGUCUCGAAUACCAGAAGACGCGUUUGGUCCCACUCCUCCCGAAAGUCAUCCCACCUGCACAGGACCCAGCUCUUCGUCGAGAGAAUGUUAUUAUCCCGCUCGUCGAAGCACUGGAGGUUAAGGCAUAAUUUUAUUAAGUUUAGAAGGAUAGAAAAAUUUCUUAACCAGACAUUACGCCUUGGUAAUAUACGUUGC